GAUGUGAAAAACUGCACAAAAUAUUUCAAUCUUUACGCACAAAAACAUUUUUACGCAUAAAAUAUGUUUUCGCACAACUGAAACAUGACAAAAGCAGUAGAUUUUGAUUGGCAGGUUGAAGUACCAGCUGAACUACAGACUGGAGCUAGGUUUGACAAGUGGGUGGAGGAGAAGGAUUCUGUUGAUCUUGAAGCAGAUGUGUUAUUCAGGGUUGACGAGUAUGGAUUUUUUCUGCACUGGGUUUGUGACGGAAGAGAAGGGGAUGUGCUCGAGCUAUCUCAGCUUAAUGAUAUUCGGAGCAAAGAUCAACCUAGAGACUCCAGGUUGCAUGCUACACUGGUUAGAACCCAUGGAGAGAAUUACAAGAUGUGGAUGGAUGGUUUGAGGUUAUUGUCUAACAACAACAAAAUCAACAACAUUUGUCCAAUGAUGAGUCUGAAAAAACAUUGGAUGAGACUCAGGUUUCUAGUUUCUGGUGAUGGGAGGGUGCAAGUUCGACACAUCACAAAAACAUUCGCCAGCGGUAAAACUGAGAAGCUGGUUUACCAAACCUUGUCUGAUGUUGGUUUACCAAAUGGUAAAUCUGAUCUCAUCAAUCUGGAGGAUUUUACAUUUGAAAAAUUCUACGCCAUCUACCAAACUAUUUGUCCCAGGAAUGAUAUUGAUGAACUUUUCAGGACGAUCAACGAAGAUCAGGAGGAAAGAACUUAUAUAGAGUCAAGUAAACUGAUCGAAUUCUUAAACGAAAAGCAGAGAGAUCCUAGAUUAAAUGAGAUCUUGUAUCCGCACUACAAUGAGGCAAGAGUACUGGAGAUUCUCACUAAAUAUGAAACAGAUCCGGAACUACUGAAUAAAAAAGCAAUUGGAAAAGAAGGCUUUACAAGGUACUUGAUGUCAGAUGAGAAUGCACCAGUUUUCCUGGAUAGGCUUGACAUAUACCAGGAUAUGGACCAACCAUUGUCUCACUACUACAUAAACUCAUCUCACAACACUUAUCUAUCUGGCAGACAAUUCGGAGGGAAAUCAUCUGUAGAGAUGUACAGACAGGUUCUACUAGCUGGCUGUAGAUGUGUAGAACUGGAUUGCUGGGAUGGAAAGGGAGAUGAUCAGGAGCCUAUUAUAACUCAUGGCAGAGCUAUGUGUACAGAAAUCAAUUUCAAGGAAGUAAUUUACGCCAUUCGAGAUUGUGCCUUUGUAACUUCCCAGUAUCCUGUCAUUCUUUCAUUUGAGAACCAUUGUAGCAGACCACAACAAUUAAAGAUGGCAAAGUACUGUGUGGAUAUAUUUGGUGACCUGCUCCUCAAGGAUCCCUUGAAGGAGGUCGCUCUACUACCUGGAGUACCUCUUCCUUCUCCUAACCUCCUUAAAGGCAAAAUCUUGAUAAAAAACAAGCGUCUGAAGACAGAUGUGGAGAAGUAUGAGCUAGAACUGUUCUGGAGAGGGGAGUUCUCUAUCGAUGAGAACGAGGAACCUAAGGAGGAUGCUAGUGCUGCACCAGCACAAGUUCAAGAUUUUGAGAAGAAGGAUGAAGCAACGGCUCUUGCUGUGAUUCCAGCUGGAACAGGAAUAGGAGACAUGUCCCCCCUUCCUCCAGCAACUCAAUACCAGGGUUUCGACUACGCUGAGGAACAAAACCUUGCUUUCAAAAUGUCGUCUUUUGCUGAAACCACUGCUCUGGGUUAUCUUAAAUCCCAGGCAGUAGAGUUCCUCAAGUAUAAUAAACGUCAACUAAGCAGAAUAUAUCCAAAGGGAACGAGAGCAGACUCUUCAAACUUUAUGCCACAAGUCUUCUGGAAUUCAGGAUGUCAACUUGUUUCUCUCAACUUUCAGACCCCAGAUCUUCCAAUGCAGCUUAACCAGGGGAAAUUUGAAUACAAUGGAAACUGCGGAUAUCUACUGAAACCAGACUUUAUGAGAAGAGAAGACAAACAGUUCGAUCCGUUUGCUGAAACCCCUGUAGAUGGGGUCAUUGCUGCACAAUGUUCUGUACAGGUGAUUUCUGGACAGUUUUUGUCAGAUAAAAAGGUUGGGACUUACGUUGAAGUAGACAUGUAUGGAUUACCAACAGAUACGAUCAGGAAGGAGUUCCGAACUAAAGUAGUUCCUGGGAACGGGCUUAACCCAGUUUACAACGAGGAACCGUUUGUAUUUAGAAAAGUUGUACUUCCUGAACUAGCAGUACUAAGAAACACGAUUGUUCUAAAAAGGACCGAGGGAAAUUUCCCGAUGUCGCUGCCGAUGCUGUUCUGUAACAUAGAACUAAAGAUUUAUAUUCCUGAUGGACUUGGAGAGUUUAUGGAUGCGCUCUCAGAUCCACGGGCUUUCUUGUCGGCACAGGAGAAGCGCGCAGAACAGUUGAAAGCGCUUGGUAUUCAAGAAGCUGAUAUCGGUAAAGAUAUCAUUGAGGGUGUUGCUAAAAAACUUCCAACAUUUUCUGCAACUUCUGUUCCCCGGCGAGAUGACACCGGUCGGGAGGAGUUUGCCCCGGUUACAGUUGAGUCCCUCAAACUGGACAAAAGUUAUAUAAAGAUUAUCAAGAAGCACCAGAAGGAGGUAGAAACCAUAAGAAAACGUCACACCAAGGAGAAAUCAAUGAUCCAGAAGAGUCAAUGCAUUGCUAUCGACAAGCUCUGUAAACAUAAAGGAAAGACUGGGGAACAGGAGUUGAAGGUGGAUAACAGCGUCAGGGAGGUCGUCUUGGAUCAAAUGGAUCAAUGGACUGAAAUGCAGGAAAGGCAUAGGAAGGAAGACUGGGAUAUAUGUAGAGCACACCUGGUAGCGCAGCAAGAAGUUUUGAGGAAAAUUAUGGAAACGACUCAGGCUCAGCAGAUGAAGGAUCUAGAAACCAGAUGUGAGCAGGAUAAAAAGGAUAUGAAGACUGCUCAGGCUCGAGCUAGUGUAGAGACUCUCAGGGAUGUUCAGAAUGAUAAAGCUUUGAAAACAAAAGCAGAGAAAGAUCGUCGGAUAAGAGAAAAGAAUGAGAACAAUACUAAAAAGUUUAUUGAAGAAAGAAAGUCCCAAGCUAUUCGACAAGCUAAAGAGAAGGAACAGUUAAGGAAAAUUCAUGAGAAACAGAGGGAGGAGUUAAAUAAACAUCUUGGGAAUAUUCUUGAGCUCAGUAACAGUGAGGAAAUAGAAAACAAGCUUGCUGCUACUCAGGAGUGUUUUGUUUAAACAGCACGCUUGCUGCUACUCAGGAGUGUUUUGUUUAUACAACAAGUUAGCUGCUACUCACUACUCAGGAGUGUUUUGUUUAAACACCAAGCUUGCUGCUACUUAGGGUAGUUUUGUUUAGAAAACACGCUUGCUGCUUCUCAGGAGUAUUAUGUUUUAAAAAGAAAACAAAGAAUUAGCAGAUGAGUUUGAGAGGUAUCACAUCGGACGAACAUUUUUUUGCCUAAUUAAAUCGCGAAUUCGCCCUUAAUUUAAAUCAUUUAAAAACUAAUUGUUCAAAGGAUAUUGAAAUUACAUGUUUAAAGGGUAUUGAAUUACAUGUUUAAAGGUAACAAAACACUUGACAAAUUUUUUUUUGGUUUUACAAAAAAUGCUACUUAAUUAUAUUUUGCAUUAAAAAAAACUAAAAUAGUGCUAUAGAUCGUAUUCGUACAUAUUUUACACUUUAAGAAAUGUGUUCACGAAAAAUGUUAUUUAAAAGCUUCCAUGAUUGUUGAAAAAUCCAGCCAAUUGAAACAAACCUUGCAAGACGUGCCAAACAUAAAACUGAAUUUAUUAGACAACUUAUGUCAAGUUUAGUGAGAUAUUAAAAGAAUUAAUCAAGUAAAACUCUAUUUAAAGAGGGCCAGGCCAGAUUUGAACUGAAACUCAUCAACACUUUGUAUUAGUACAAUUGAUGUAUUGUCAGAAAAUUGUUAAUUCCCAAAUGUUGUUUUUUUCUACGAAAUAUCUUGCUUAUUAUACAAAGAAAAUUAUUAAAUUAAAGGUUAAAGGGUACCUUUGUCUAUCAUGUAUGACACAAUUCUUAAAAUGUUGGUGGUCACUUGAAAUAUGGUCAAUUGUCACUUUAAAAUUGACUUGUUGACGUGUCUGUCUUCCUUAAUUUCAAGAGAUAUAAUUUUGCAUUUAUAAACUCUAUAUUUCGUGAUUGUAUGUAUCAAAAUAAGGAAAGUUCCAUGAGAGUAUAAUAAUUUGUUCAACCUGAAUACUAAACAUUCUUAUUAAAUCGAUAAGAAAAUAUUAAAUUCUUGCAAAAGUUUUAAAACAAGUAAAGUAUUCAUAAAAUUUCAAGGACAGCAAUUGUUAUGCUCAGGUUAAAAUUAGAAAUGAUUUUCAUUUCCACCCUUCUCUGAUGUCCCCUUGAAAAAAAAUAAUUAAAUAUUAAUUUGUGUGCAAAGAAAAAAGUUAUUUUCUCCAAAUAGUUAAAAGUUUAAAAGUUCAAGGUUUCUCUAAUUGUUUCUCUAAAAUGUCGACACAAUUUUUUCUAUUUAAAAUAAUUUAGAAAAAUCAUUAAUUAAAACAAUUACUUAAAACAAUUAAUGCACAAACUUUACUUUGAUUUAUUAUUUUUUAUACGAAAAGGAAACAAAUUAUUUUAAUGUUUACGAUUUGUAAACCUUAAGAAGGCUAAUGUCUAAAAGCCUUAACACCUUCAAACAAACAAAAACAUUGUUUUAUUAGUUGUUUUUUCUUCGACUGGCCAUAUAUGGUUAAUUAAAAUACUUUCGAAUUAAUAUUUUUGGUUUGAAGGGAUUAUCGUUAAAAGUUCCAAUGAGCCUCCAUUUAUAAAAAGAGGGGUAUGUCCGAUUGACAUGAUAACCUUAAAAACAUUUAUCUGAUGAAUUAAUGUGGAUAAUUGUUAAUUGUUAAUUGAUAAUUGUUUAAAAGUUGACAAAUUCUUAUAUUUCCUACAUUUUUUUCCUGCACCAGAUAUGCGCAAGUUACUUUUUGAAAUAAAAAAUAAUGUAAAAUAAAAGUGUAUCGUUGUGAAUCGUACAAACCCGUCUAUAAAUAAAUGUUUACCUGAAAUUACGCCAAAAAAUUCAAUGACAGAUUUGUUCUCUAGACAUCAGCUUUUUUAGGGAAAGCGGCUAUUUUCUGUAAACCUUUGUAAACCUAUUUGUAAAACAAAGAAUUGUGAAAGCAAGCAUAAUUGCAACUAUAAUAACAAAUAUAUAUGUAUUAUGUAUCUUAUCGCCGACUUCAAACUCAAAUUUUUAAAUCUCUAUAUCUUUGCAAGCUGAUGUUUUAAACCUUAGAAGAUUCAGAGCUUCGAGCUGUAGCCAGAGUAUCUAGCAAAAUUUAUAGUUUUCGAAUUUAUUGAAAUAUCGAAGGUUUAUUAUAAUCUGCUUGCACAGAUUUAAUUUAAGUUCCUAACUUUAUUUGAAAUAUUAUGAAAUAAAAUCAAAAGAAACACCAGUUCAGCUCCAUGUAAAAUGUAAACAAUGUUUUGAAUGUAAGUGUAGUUGUAGUAUAUACUAUAUAUGCCAUGUUUUAUAAGAAAUCAUAACAUUUUGUUCAGAAAACCUAAAUUAUUAAAAACAUUUUAGAAAUCACAAAGAUUUUGUUCAAAAUAAAAAUCAUUUAUUGUUAGUUAUACCUCAAAAAUAUUUAUAUCUCUCACAGUCUGUUCGUUAUUUCGAACAAAAUAUUCCUAAUUUUGAACUUAAUAUUCCCAAUUUCGAACUAAACAUUCCUAAUUUCUUACUGAAUAUUCCCAAUUUUGAACUAAAUAUUCCGAAUUUUUAACUAAAUAUUCUUAAUUUCGAACUAAAUAUUCCUAAUUUCGAAUUAAUAGUUCCUAAUUUCAAACUAAAUGUUCCUAAUUUCGAACAAUUAGAGUUCCUAAUUUCGAACAAAAUAUUCCUCUUUUCAAACUUAUAGUUCAUAACUUCGAACUAAAUGUUCCUAAUUUCGAAUAACAUGUUCGUAAUUUUGAACAAAAUGAUUGUAAUUUCAACCAAGAUGUUUGUAAUUUCCAAAUAUGUGUUCAGUAUAACGAACCGUAUGUUAGGUUUCUUCUACCAGAGUAUAAGGAACUAUCUGUAUGUUGAUAUUUUUCAGAAA